GGGAAGGAGAACGGACACGUGGGGUCUCGCCCCGCCCGUUCCGGGGUGGCCCCUUCCCGCUGCCCGCUCGCCCCGCCCGUUCCGUUCCGGCGGCUCCGGCACCAUGGGGGUCACCUGCGUGUCGCAGGUGCCGGUGGCCGAGGGUAAGAGCGUGCAGCAGACGGUGGAGCUGCUGGCGAGGCGGCUGGAGGCGCUGGGCGCGGACAAGCAGGGCACGUUCGGCGUGGACUGCGAGACCUACCACACUGCCGGGGCCAUCGGCACCCAGGGGCAGACAGGGAAGCUGAUGUACGUGAUGCACAACUCCGAGUACCCCCUGAGCUGCUUCGCCCUCUUCGAGAACGGGCCCUGCCUCGUGGCCGACGCCAACUUUGACACCCUCAUGGUGAAGCUCAAGGGCUUCUUCCAGAACGCCAAGGCCAACAAGAUCGAGAGCCGCGGCACCCGCUACCAGUACUGCGACUUCCUGGUGAAACUGGGCACCGUCACCAUGGGGCCCAGCGCCAGGGGCAUAUCCGUGGAGGUGAGGGGCCUCUGGGAAGAGCAGGGAGCAGGGCACUGCCCCUUCCGCCAGCUCCAGGGCUGUGGGCUGCAUUCCCAGGUGGAAUACUGCCCCUGUGUGAUCGCCAACGACUGCUGGAACCUGCUCAUGGAGUUCAUGCAGAGCUUCAUGGGCAGCCACACGCCCGGGAUCCCGUCGGUGUUUGGGGCCAAGCACGACAGCGUGUACAGCCCCGGGGACACCAUGGUGCAGUACAUGGAGCUCUUCAACAAGAUCCGCAAGCAGCAGCAGGUGCCUGUGGCUGGCAUCAGGUGAGGGGAUUCCCUGGAGCCGCUCUGGAUUCAUCCUCCCUGCUGCCUGCCCAGCGGGAUCGGCAGUCCCUCCGACACGCGGCACGGGACGGCUUUUUCCUCCUGCAUCUCCUUCCCCUGGUUCAAAGCCGAGUUUUCUAGUGCUGGGUGUGUUUCUGGUUGUUCUCCAUGGUUUGGAGCGCGUCUGGGAUUGGAUCCGUGGCUCUGUGGUUCUCUGGGCGAUGCUUCAGGCGAGGAAUCAGUGUCCAUCAGCGGGAAAUUGCAGGAAAAGGAGAAAUUCCAGCCAAGCACAAGGGCAGAGCUUCUGUGACUGCAAACAGCUACGGAACAGAGCUUUUAAUUUUUAAUUUUUUUUUUUUUAGUAUCCACAUAAAAGUGUCUUCUUGUAUUUCACCCCAAUAAAACUGUAUUUUUGGAG